CCCCGCCCCAGGCUACUACCCGCCGGUCCCUGCUGCUCUCCCCCGCGAAGCCCAGUCGCCGCCAUGGUGCAGGCCUGGUACAUGGACGAGUCCGCGGACGACCCACGGCUGCCUCACCGUCUCGAGACCGACCGCCCAGUGAGCCUGGAGCAGCUGCGCAGACUCGGCGUGCUCUACUGGAAGCUGGAUGCUGACAAGUACGAGUCCGACCCGGUGCUGGCGCAGAUCCGCAGGGACCGGAGCUACUCCUGGAUGGACAUCAUCACCAUCUGCAGGGACAAACUGCCCGACUUUGAGAAGAAGAUCCAGAUCUUCUACACGGAGCACUUGCACCUGGACGAGGAGAUCCGCUACAUCCUGGAUGGCAGCGGGUACUUCGAUGUCAGGGACAAGGAGGACAGGUGGAUCCGGAUCUCCAUGGAGAAGGGCGACAUGAUCACCCUGCCAGCCGGCAUCUACCACCGCUUCACACUGGACGAGAAGAACUACGUGAAGGCAAUGCGGCUAUUCGUGGGCGAGCCAGUGUGGACAGCGUACAACCGGCCGGCUGAGCACUUCUCUGCCCGGGAGCAGUAUGUUAAGUUCCUGGAGCAGACAGCAUAGCUGCCUGGAACUGUGCUGUGGAGACCCACUUCUGUUCCUCUACAUGAUGAUCUGAUCAGAAUAUUUUUAAUCAGCUGAUUUUCACUCGAAGCAACUGGAAAUCCUGAUGUCACCAUGAUCUUCUCUGAUUAAUCAAGACCAGGAUGCAGGAGCCCCGGGUGGUACCAGCACUGCUCUGUGCCUCAGUACAAACUUUGGCUCAGAGCAUGGCUGCUGAGUGGUGCGUGGGCAUCCAUGGCCUGCAGCUGGUGUGGGGAGGGCAAACUUGGGCUUCUCCUGCCCCGUCCUUGUCUCAGUAAAGUCAUUGCCUUAAUUAUGCACCAGCCUGGAGUUGCUCGAGUUCUGUAGGUAUGGUAUAGCAGACACUUCCCGCCCCCCCAUAAUUUAGCUGUUACAUUGGAAGUCCAGUCCGCUGAGUUCACUCCCAGUCAAGGUCAACUGACUCCAGCUAAAUCCUCCCCUCUGAAUUAACUGUCUGUUCUCUUCAGCACAGAUAGGCUGUGCCCUCACUUCCAGUUCUUCCUGCCUGAUCCUUGUUAUCAGCAGGUAACCCAAGCCCUGUCCAGCUUCCCCCUUUCCCAUACUUGUAAUGAAUAAACACUGGAUGUCCUGGGA